CGGAGACGGCCGGAUUAUGGACGCUGCGCUCGCCGCGAUGAGCUCGGUGCCCGGGUCCGGAGAGGCUGGCCCUGCAGGUGAGGAACAAAACAUGACAGAAACAGAUGCCUUCUACAGGAGUGAAAUGUUUGAUCCAGCAGAAAAGUACAAAAUGGACCACAAGAGGAGAGGACUUGCUUUAAUCUUCAACCAUGAGAGGUUCUUCUGGCACCUAACGCUGCCAGAAAGGCGAGGCACCAACGCAGACAGAGACAAUCUUAUGCGCAGGUUUUCAGAUCUAGGAUUUGAAGUGAAAUGCUUUAACGAUCUUAAAGCAGAAGAACUACUGCUCAAAAUUCAUGAGGCAUCAACCUCUAGCCAUGUAGAUGCCGAUUGCUUUUUAUGCGUUUUCCUGAGUCAUGGCGAAGGCAAUCACAUUUACGCAUAUGAUGCCAAAAUUGAAAUUCAAACACUCACUGGCUUGUUCAAAGGAGACAAGUGUAAGAGCCUGGUUGGAAAACCCAAGAUAUUUAUCAUUCAGGCAUGUCGGGGAAACCAGCAUGAUGUGCCAGUCAUUCCUUUGGAUGUAGUGGACCAUCCGGCAGACAGGCUGGAUGCCAAUGUCACCCAGGUGGAUGCGGCCUCCGUGUACACCCUGCCUGCUGGCGCAGACUUCCUCAUGUGCUACUCUGUUGCAGAAGGUUAUUAUUCUCAUCGGGAAACUGUGAAUGGCUCCUGGUACAUUCAAGAUUUGUGUGAGAUGCUGAGAAAAUUCGGCUCCUCCUUAGAAUUCACAGAACUCCUCACACUGGUGAACAGGAAAGUUUCUCAGCGCCGAGUGGACAUUUGCAAAGACCUAAGUGCAAUUGGAAAGAAGCAGGUCCCCUGCUUUGCCUCCAUGCUAACUAAAAAGCUGCAUUUCUUUCCAAAAUCUAAAUAAGGCUGUUUUGUUUUAUGUAUUUGUAGUCUAAAUAGAUUUCUCUUUUUAUAUAAGUAAGUGUCACUAGAUUGAAAUUUAUGGUACAGCAAUUUAAAACGCUUUAAGGUUUAAUGAGAGAACUUUUAAAAAAAAAUACUUCAGCCCUAGCCGCUUUGGCUCAGUGGAUAGAGCGUUGGCCUGCGGACUGAAAGGUCCCAGGUUCAAUUCCAGUCAAGGGCAUAUCCUGGGUUGCGGGCACAUUCGCAGUGGGAGGUGUGCAGGAGGCAGCUGAUCGAUGUUUCUCUCUCGUCGAUGUUUCUGGCUCUCUGUCCCUCUCCCUUCCUCUCUAUAAAAAAUCAAUAAAAUAUAUUUUUAAAAAAAUAGUUCAUAUUGGGCAUGGUAAAAGGGUUUGGUAGAUAAACUAAAUCUUCAGGGAAUUACUAUAAAUAAAAAUCAACAAACAUUUGUAAUACUCGAUUUUUUUUAUGUUGCAAGGUUACUCAAAAUAUCUGGCUGAUUUAACUUGUAUUUUGUGAAUUUUUUAAAUAAAAUUUUAUAAUG